AUGAAGGUGUUGUACUAUGUGCUGGCAAUGUCGUGUCUGUGCAUCGAGGGGUCAGGUCAUGGUCAUGUGAGCGAUGCACAUGCGGUGCCAAAGGAGUUCUGCUCUACUUGGAAUCGGAUCAGCUCCCAUCCCGAUCUUGAGUCCUAUCGAGCAUGGAGAGCAGGUGUUGUUGUCACUUUACGCAAGGCUAGGAUUUGCCUCAAGACCUCGAGGUCUUCUGCUGAGUGUCUCAAGUAUCUUGAGCAUGUGAGAGGAGGUUCGGAUCUUCGAGCAGAGAUCGAAGCGAAGAUGAGAGAGGAGCGAGCACAGGUGGCUGAGCAGGAGCGAAAGAUGCAAGAGAUCCAGGAAAGGAAGAGGAAAGAACGAGAACAAGCAACCCAACUCGCUCUGAUCACCCGCGAUGAGGAUGAGGAGGAAGAGGAGGAAUAUCAGAGGUUGACCUUCAAGAGGAGGAGGCAGCUGCCCGAAGUUCUCACCCUCGACAACAUUAUGCAGUUCGCAAACGAAUGUCUCAAGGAUGGCGACGUCGAUGAAGCCAUCGAGUCGUAUCACAAGCUGCUGACCGUUGACCCCACUGACUACACCUCGCUCCUGCAGCUUGCGGUGAUCUACGAGGACAUCCGGCACAACGUCGUCGUGGCUGAAGAAUUUCUCGACCGUGCCACCGAGUCUGAGCCGGACAGACCGGAGGCCUGGAAGCGGUUGGGCUGGUUGAAUGUGCAGCGACGGUCGGAGACGAAUGUGUAUGGAGCAUACGACGAGAGUCUGGUGGAGAGAAGGGACGAGGCCUGCGUUGACUGCUUCUCCCGUGCGGUGAACCUUGCUCCUGCAGACCCUGAAGCGCUCAUGGGCUACGGCAGCGCCUUGUGCUUCGUCAAGAAGGAUAUCAAUGGUGCACAGGAAGUGUAUUCACGAGCCGUGCAGUCCAACCCGAACAACAGAGAGGCGGCCAUCUGCUUCGCGAGGUUCCUGGAGGAUGCGAAACAAGACUAUGGAGGAGCCAAUAUUCUCUACCGACGCGCAUUGCAGCUCGCUCCCGGAGACAACGGCUGCCUGUUCGACUACGCCAUCUUCCUGAGAGACAGGAGGGAUGACAGCGCUUCUGCCCUCAAGAUCUUGAAGAGGCUGAUGAUCCGUGAGCCCGAGUGCAGCAAGUAUCUCAAGGGGGCCGCGGAGACCUACGUCAUGGACGGGAAUUUGGAGGAAGCAGAGGCCGUCUAUGUCACUUCACUUCGAGCCAACCCCAACAACGCGGAAAUCCUCUACGAGUACGGAAAGUUUGUGCAGGACUGCAAGAAUGACAGCAACACGUCGAAGAACUACUUCGUCGCCGCCAUCAGUGUCGAUCCCUCGCACAGCUCAGCCCUGUACGAGCUGGGUGUGAAGAUGCAGGACGAGGACUGGGAGACAGCGGAGAACCUCUUUGGGAGAGCCGUUACCGCCGACCCUGAGAACUCGCAUGCUACCAACGCCCUUGCCAGGAUCUUCCUCGAGCGGAGGAAGGACGCGAGGAUGGCAGAGAAGUACUACAACCGCGCAGCCGACGGCUUCCCCUUCCUCCCGGAGUUUCAGUUCGAGUUUGCGUGUUUUCUGGAGAACGUGAGGAGCGAUCUGGUGGGAGCAGAGGUGAUGUACCUCCGAACCCUCCAGCUCGACCCGGUCCACGUGAAGGCCCUGAUGCACCUGGGAAACAUCCAGUGGCUGUAUCGGAACGACACUGAGGAGGCAGAGGAAUACUACAGGAAGGCGCUGGCGCUGGAGCCUCAAAACCCUGGUGUUCUGAACAACCUGGGGCUGGUGCUGCACCACAAGGCGCUGAGAGAGCAUGCCAACAUCACCAAGGAGACGUACCAUCAGGUGAAGCAGACGUGCGAAGGCUUGUGCCAAGAAGCCGAGAAGAACUUCAAGCUCGCAGUCAGCCUUGAGCCCAACCACGUGGCCAGCCUGACAAGCUACGGCUUCUUUCUCGCGCAAGUGUGGGGCAACGACACUGAGGCAGAGGAGAUGCUGGGGCGAGCCCUCACCCUGCAGCCUCACAGUGUGGACACCAUGAGCAACUUGGCGGUAGUUCACUGCAGCAACGGGCUCCUGAGGAAGGCCGAGGAGAUCCUUCUGCAGGCCAUCUCCCUCGCUCCCUCCCACACCGCCAGCGACAAGAACCUUCGCUUCGUCCGUCGCCUCAUCGACAAGCAGAGGAUCCACCAGCUCACCCAGCGCCACCGCUUGCAGUACCCCAUGGCGCAGUACCCCGUGGCCGAUGGGCGGACUAACCCGGUCCCCAACGUCCCUCUCCCGCAGACGCCGCAGCCUCAAGCUACUCCUUUCGUGCCAUCGCCCGGCAUCCUUCAGCCUGGUGCAGCAGCCCCUGGCAAGUCCCAGCAGUCAUGGCAGCUCGCAGAUGACGUGGCCAUGGCGAAGGCGCGGGUGCUCAACGAGUCGAGAAGAGUGACCGACUUCCCUGGGAGGUCGUGGAAUGUGAAGCAGGAGUACGAAGAUCUCACGAGGUCAAGCAUGAGGCAGGACAAGAGACGGGAGGAAGAGGCCCAGGGGGUCUCGGAAGAGGACCUGUAA